GAGCAUAUAAGAGAGCACUCAAUUGUCACAAGCGGCUCCAUAGGAAGGGUGCACCGUUGAAGACCAUCGUCACCCGCCGGACUAUACAUCCUCAUGGAUCCCAAAGCCGUCAAGUCAAACCUGGUCUUGAUUUUAGACUAUGGUUCCCAAUAUACUCACCUCAUCACUCGUCGAAUCCGAAGCCUCUCUGUUUUCUCUCUCUGUAUCUCUGGCACUUCACCUCUCAAAUCCGUAAUCGACCUCAAGCCUAGUGUCGUUAUUUUAUCCGGCGGCCCCCAUUCCGUCCACACCCCUGACUCCCCAAGUUUUCCUGAUGGUUUUAUUGAAUGGGCUGAGUCGAAUGGCGUUUUUGUGCUCGGCAUUUGCUAUGGACUCCAGUUGCUAGUGCAGAGGCUGGGCGGGGAGGUGAAGGUUGGACUGAAACAAGAGUAUGGGAGGAUGGAAAUUCAUGUGGAGAAGCCUUGUGGGCUUUUCGGGUCGAAGAACGUUGGCUCCAAACAGUUCGUCUGGAUGAGCCAUGGUGAUGAGGCUGCAAAGUUGCCUGAUGGGUUUGAGGUGGUGGCAAGGAGCGAACAAGGGUCUGUAGCGGCCAUACAGAACCCAACAAGGAAGUUUUAUGGCCUCCAGUAUCACCCCGAGGUGACACAUACGCCCGAAGGAAUGGAAACACUGCGGUCCUUUCUCUUUGAUGUUUGUAAAAUCACGGCAGGCUGGAAGAUGGAAAAUGUGUUGGAUGAAGAAAUAAAAGUCAUAAAAGAUACAGUGGGGCCUCAAGAACAUGUCAUUUGUGCAUUAUCAGGGGGCGUGGAUUCCACAGUUGCCGCUACUCUUGUCCAUAAGGCAAUCGGAGACAGGCUUCAUUGCGUCUUUGUUGACAAUGGACUACUUAGGUAUAAGGAGAGAGAGCGUGUGAUGGAAACUUUUGAAAAGGAUCUUCAUUUACCAGUUACAUGCAUUGAUGCUUCAGAUCAGUUUCUUAAUGGUUUGAAAGGUGUAACAGAUCCUGAGAUGAAGCGAAAAAUAAUUGGAAAAGAGUUUAUCUAUAUCUUUGAUUCUUUUGCACAAGAUUUAGAGCUUAAACUAGGAAGCAAACCAUCUUACUUGGUGCAAGGAACUCUGUAUCCGGAUGUGAUUGAGUCUUGUCCACCACCUGGAAGCGGAAGAAAUCAUUCCCAUACUAUUAAGAGCCAUCAUAAUGUUGGAGGGCUUCCCAAGGACAUGAAAUUGAAGCUUAUUGAACCCCUUAAACUUCUAUUUAAGGAUGAGGUUCGCCAAUUAGGGAGAAUCUUGGAUGUUCCUGAGGGAUUUUUAAAACGUCAUCCAUUUCCUGGACCUGGUCUCGCUGUACGAGUCCUAGGUGACGUGACUGAAGGCAAUGCCUUAGACAUCCUCCGUCAGGUUGAUGAGAUUUUCAUUCAAUCAAUCAAGGAUGCUGGGCUUUAUGAUUCAAUCUGGCAAGCGUUUGCAGUGUUCUUGCCAGUGAGAUCUGUUGGAGUUCAAGGUGAUCAAAGAACACAUUCCCAUGUUGUUGCUCUCAGAGCUGUCACAAGUCAAGAUGGAAUGACAGCAGACUGGUACUACUUUGAGCACAAGUUCCUAGAUGAUGUUGCAAGGAAGAUUUGUAACAGUGUACGUGGUGUGAACCGAGUUGUGCAAGACAUCACGUCAAAGCCCCCAUCUACCAUUGAAUGGGAAUGAUACCCAUUGCCCCAUUGCUCCUUUUUCUCGGCUUAAAGUGGUGAUUUCUAUUAUUGCAUACUCCCGAAGGGAACUGGCUCUGUUCUAUUUUUCCUGCCCUCCGUUCAGCGCCUGGAAGAAAAGUAAUUCAAGCUGAGAUGGAAAAUUUUGAAUUGACUGACUUCAUUUUUGAUAUGUAAUAGCAUUAAUAGAGAGGAUAAAAAACUAGUUCCUAAUGGUAAUUGAUAUCUUCUCACUUGAAUGGAUUAUCUAUAUACGUUUGCUUCCCUUUGUAAGAAAACAAAUUCUCUAUUUCUUGAUAGUGAUUGGGGCAUGUGGUAGUUGUGCCUCUCGGUGGGAUUGCAGUAAUUGUCAUUCGUUUGGCCCACGGUGACACUUGUCAGUGAAAUUUUAGUUCAGAAAAUAAAAUACUUUAGCAUA